AACUAUUUAACGUGUUACACACAAACAACUGCAGAAGUGUGCAAGAAAUCACUGCAGGAAAAUGACAACAAACAAGGAAGAAUCAGACAAUGAAGAACCGGUGUCAGGCUCUUCAAAGGCGUUAAAACCGAAAAAGACUCCUAAACGCGGUAUAAUAUAUUUGUCAACAAUUCCCCUUUACAUGAAUGUGACCAAAAUUCGAGAAGUAUUCAGUGAAUUCGGCAAAGUUGGACGGGUUUAUUUACAACUGGCAGAUACAGAUCCUAAACCUGGAGAAAAGAAAAAGAAACGAAAGGUGGCCAAAAAGUUUACAGAAGGCUGGGUGGAGUUUGAACGAAAGUCUGUUGCUAAAAAAGUGGCGGCAGCUCUAAAUAAUACACAAGUAGACACAAGAAAGAAAUCUAAACAGUAUGAUUGUAUCUGGAACAUAAAAUACUUGUCCAACUUUAAGUGGCCUCACUUACAUGAAAGAUUAGCUUAUGAAAAGGCUGCAAGAAGACAGAAACUUAGGGCAGAAAUUCAAUUGGCCAAGAAGAAAACCAAUUACUUCACUGCUAAUUUGGAUAAGAAAAAGAAGGGUAAAGUUACUGUCAACAAAGAAUAUGUGGAUAAAAUUGGUGUUAAAGAUAAAACAGAAGAGAACAUGGAUACCAGUGAUAAGGAGGAGAAUAGGGAAGAGUUUCUGCAAUCACUUUUUACAUAAUUAUGUUUUUUUAAUAAAUUAUUUUAUGUUUUAA